GUUAUUCUCACAGAAGAUUCAAGUUGAAUUGUUGAUUUAAAUCAAAAUUUUGAAAAUGUUCUAAUUUUCAUUUUUUUUUGUAAUAUCUCAACUAUACCAAAUAAUUGAAAAUCCUUGUAAAGUGUACCAAAUUAAAAUAGACGUUCGUGUUGCCCCAAAAGCAUGUGUGAAGAAGAAAAAAUCGAUUGGCACUUAAUUUGUGUUAUUCAAUGUUUAAAAUCAUAUGAUUGUUCGAAAUCGAUGUUAGUCGAGUGUUGGGAUGCUAUAAGAGAGUCGGUUUAAAAAAAAACAAAUGAGCCACAUUCGGUUUUGGCAUUAGAAUGAGUGUUGAGUGGAGACGUUCGAAAUUGUUUGCACUCUCCUUCUCUUCCACUGAUUAGUCUCGACGGCGGCGGUGUGGAACGAUAGCAAGCGCGCGCCCAUAGUAGUAAUAUUCGGCGUUCAAUCCACCUUGUGAAUGUAAUGCACAAACAUCGACGAAAUGACAACGAGUUCAUAUGUAUCACUUCAUCGAUUCUAAUUUACUGCACUGAGAGUGUGCAAUUGAGCUAGCAUUAGCAUACUAGUGAAUAUUUACAAUUUGCUUGAUUGUUGUUACUGUUAUUGUCGACAUGCGUUUGGUUCUCCAUCAAAAGGUUUGUGUUUGCGAUUGUUGGAGCGUUUUGUCGUCGUUCGAAUUAAAGUGUCGAAUGAAUUGUCUGUAGAACGAAUAUGAACACAAUCACAGAACACACAAUGAGUCGUGACUGUGUCAAAGAAAACUUCUCAGAAGAAUGAACAUCUGUCACACGACCGAAAGGAACAUCGGUUAGAUUAGUUACAAAAAACCUGCUGUAGUGUCAAUUAGUAUGUGACUCUAUCUAGAGCAAUUCCGUUUUAUUUUUAUUCUGUUUCAAGUCAUUUUUUGUUCAUUCGAAAGUCUUGUGUUAAAACGUUCAUUUAUCGGAGAAAAUUGGCUAAAUGAGUGAAUUUGGAUAUUACAACUGUGUUUCUAUUUUGAAUAACCCAAUCAAAGUGAAUUUUAUCGAUUCAAAGACACGUUUCUAGUGCGAUCGUGGCAAUCAAUUCAUGUACAUUAUUUAAAUCAAUUUGAAAAGAGCUAAACGAAAAUAAAAACAACCAAUAAACUGUUUUCUUCAAACCGGCUGUUGUCGAUGUCCAUUCACGCGUCGUAAUCUGGGAAUAUUGAAGUAAUAAUAGUGCAUCUGUGCAUGUUGCAAAGUGAGUUGAAAAAAAGCUGUGUGUUGAGGGAUAAUUUUAGCAGAAACUCCAAAAAAUUAUAUGCGUUUCAAAGAAUGAGUAAACACAAGCAUCUUAAUAAUUAUUAUUCAAUUGAUUAACUUUACAAACCUACGCCAAUUUUAAACCUACCUAUUACGUAAAAAAAACAUAAAUUGUGCUGAAAGUAUACUACAGAUAUAUCUAAUCAUUUAAACGGUGUAAUUAAAUGCUCAAGUGACUCUACGGUAUGUAAUGUACAUAUCGUUCGUCAAGAAAACGGACAAUAUUAUUGUUCCAGCCAAUGAAACAGAGUGUUUUGCUGCAAUUAUAUCUAUGCAUAAACCAUAAGGUAGCCGGGAAGGCGGUCGUAUACGUUCGGAGGUGUUCAAACUCCAGUUGUACAUUUGCAAUGAGAAUUUAUUCGGCUUCUUUGCGAUGACUUGUGAAUACGACAGAAAAAACGGCAAAAAAGUCUUUCAAAGAAGAGACAACGAAAGGACUUUGCUAAGUUGUCGUUAGCAACUGUCCUCCGUUGAUAGAAAACUGGUCGCAAAUCGAACAAAUAGAAAGUUGUGUAAAUAUGCAGUGAAAAUCGCGACGCACUCAGUGUAAAUAUUCAGUUUUCAGCAGACGAUUAGACUUUGACCCAUCGAAGAAAAUACUAAGCACAUUUAUUUUGAGAGAUCUUGUUUGCCAAGAAUAAACUGAAAUACCGUAAAAAUUUAUUGGAUUUGAUAAAAGAAGAUACAGAAAAGACGCGAUGAAAGAAACCAACGAAAAUCAGACUUUGACCGGUGAAGUUGAUCCACUUAACAUUUCGAAAUCAUUGAACGCGUAUUACCCGUUACUAAAUUCAUUGACAUUUUGAAAUUGGUGCCGUUUGGUUUUGAUUUUUAUCCAGUUUGAACGACAAACGAUCAAUUUUGGCAGUGGUCUGAAGGAACGGCGGUGUAAAUGGCUGAAGCACAUCAAGCUGUUGCGUUUUCUUUUUCAAUCUCACACGAAGGAUGGGACAUCAACUACGACCGGGAGGUUCUCAAUCUUGUGUGGAGAUCUGGUAUUAGAUCAUGGAAAAAACGCAUCGGACGUCUAAGAAAUAGCAUUCAUAAUGGAGCAUAUCCAGUGCAUUUGCAAAGCCUAUGGAUCAUCAUAUCGAUAGCGGCUGUCUUACAUUUUUCUGGAAAAGAAACAACAUUCGAUUUGGCAAAUCAAAUUCUACCAUGGCUUCCGGGAGUUUCAAUCGCAUGGCAUUUGGUGGCGUGUUCGUUAACAGGACUCUUGUUUUGGCUAUGUAUUUGUUUUAUUAUGCGCUAUACUUUGAAAUUGUUGCUUAUGUACAAAGGUUGGAUGUAUGAAUCGCGUGAAAAGGGUCGUCAGGUAUCGAUGCAAACACGUUUGUGGGCGGCUGCAACUAAAGUCCUCUCAAGUUGGAACGAUCCCGGAUUGUACAGUUUCCAAGAAUCACUACCACGCUUGCCAUUGCCAAAUGUUAAUGACACUUUAGCAAGAUAUUUGGACUCAGUUCAUCCGUUGGUCGAUGAAGAAAAUUAUAAGCGCAUGGAAGAAUUAGCCGAAGAUUUUGAACGGACAAUUGGCCCGAAAUUACAACGCUAUCUGAUUCUGAAGAGCUGGUGGUCAACAAAUUAUGUAUCCGAUUGGUGGGAAGAGUACGUUUAUUUGCGCGGCCGUUCUCCAUUGAUGGUCAACAGCAACUUCUAUGGUAUUGACGCAUUGUUCUUAACUAAUACUAAUGUUCAGACUGCUCGCGCUGCUGUUGCCGUCAAUUUGUUGUUGAGAUUCCGACGCCUGAUCGAUCGUCAGGAAUUGAAACCGAUCAUGGUCCAAGGAAUUGUCCCGUUGUGCUCAUGGCAAUACGAACGGACUUUCAACACUGUUCGCAUUCCUGGCAUUGAAACCGAUCGCAUCAUUCAUUAUAAAGACUCAAACCAUAUUGUUGUUUUGCAUAAAGGACGAUACUAUAGAGUUACUAUUCAUUACAAGGGACGCAUCUUGAAGGCUGCCGAAAUUCAGAUGCAAUUGGAAGAAAUAUUGAAUUCAAAAUCUGAACCAUUGCCGGGUGAGGAGCUUUUGGCAUCAUUAACCGCAUGGAAUCGAUCGAAGUGGGCUGAAGUUCGGAACAAUCUAUUCAACAAAGGAGUCAAUCGUGUCUCAUUGCACACAAUUGAAACAGCUGCGUUCAUUCUAUCUUUGGAUGAUGAAUCCUAUGACACUGAUAUUCACAAAGAAGGUGCGUUAGAUCACUUUGGGAAGUCAUUACUCCAUGGAAACGGCCACAACAGAUGGUUUGAUAAGAAUUUCACACUUUGCGUUGGUACAAACGGUCGUCUUGGUUUUAACGCUGAACACACUUGGGCUGACGCUGCUAUCAUGGCGCAUAUUUGGGAAAAUAAUAUUAUGGAUGAAGUGAUUGAGCAUCCAUAUGACGACGAUGGCAAUUGCAAAGGCCAAAUCGUUUUCCAGCCACCUUCACCACAACGCAUGUCAUGGGAUUUGAACAACGAUGCAUGCCUCACCGCAAUUAAUACAGCUCAUGAAGACGCCCAGAAAUUGUUAAAUGACUUACAACUCCGUAUUUACGCGCACGACCAUUACGGAAAGGGUUUUAUGAAGACAUGCCGCGUGUCACCUGAUGCUUACAUACAAAUGGCCCUUCAAUUGGCGUAUUACCGGGACUCGGGAUGUUUUUCUCUUACAUAUGAAGCAUCGAUGACACGUUUGUUCCGAGAAGGUCGCACUGAAACCGUUCGACCAUGCACCAUUGAAUCAGCCGCAUGGGUCAAAUCGAUGGCAGACGGCAAAUUUACUACUGCGCAACGGGUUGAACUGCUACUGAAAGCUUGCCAACGACACCAAAAAGGAUAUCAAGAUGCGAUGUGUGGCAAGGGAAUCGAUCGACACUUAUUCUGUUUGUACGUCGUAUCGAAAUAUUUGGAAAUAGAGUCGCCAUUCUUGAAAGAAGUUCUCAGCGAACCGUGGCGAUUUUCAACUAGUCAAACGCCGCACGGACAAACGAGCAAAAUGGACCUACGCAAACAUCCUGAAUGUAUUAGUGCAGGCGGCGGUUUCGGUCCAGUUGCUGACGACGGCUAUGGUGUUUCAUACAUUAUUGCUGGUGAAGAUCUGAUUUUUUUCCAUAUAUCAUCAAAGGCCAGCUGCGCAACUACGGACGCUGUAAAAUUCUCUAAGGAAAUCGAGCGAGCAUUAGCUGAUAUGAAAAAUCUGUUUGAAGAAUAUCAUUAUCUGAAAAAAUCAGCAAAUGGAUCAUCGAUAUGAACAGCAACAAAGCAGCAUAUGCAAUCGUGGUUCUUGGAAAUGGUGGCUUUAGGGAAAUGUUCAAUAAAAAAUAUAAAAUCAAUAGAAAAAAUCUUUAGAUUCCUUGAAUCUCAACAUCAAAUGGCCGCGUGCUAUCGUAUAGCUCCACGUUACCCUGAUAUAUGAAGUUAGUUCCAAGUUUUUUGUGUAUUUGUUCUUUUUUUAAAUUAAAAUUUUUCAAUUUUUUGCAAUUAGUGUUCCAAAUUAUAAACCCACGGACGGAUUAGAAGACAAUAUUUUUAAUGGUCUGUUGUGCAGCUCAUUUGUUAUAUUUUAGAUAGUAGAGGUGAAAUAAAUUUAGAACUAGUGUGAAUGUUAUUAAUAAAUUGUUCGAUUCAAGAUAAAAAUCUGUUGUGCCCGUUUAAUAAUGACGUUUACACUAGAUUACACGUUGAAACUAACUUAUGUAUUUACAAUCGAAUUUUUUCUUGUUGUUUAGUUGUAAGUAGAUUUAGACAAAUCGAAAUGAUCAAAUAAAAUGUUGUUUUUUUGUUUAUCAAGAGAUAAA